CACUCUCUCCCCACUCUUUUGCUCUCACUCAGACUGAAGCACAUGCAGACAGAGGGAGAGGUGGGAUGAACGAGGUGCGCACAUGUGAGGAUCUCCUGAACUGCUGUUGCAAGGCAGGACUGCUGAAGAGAAGAGAAGAAGAGGAGGAGAGGAGGAGGAGGAGGAGGAACAGAGGAAUACUGCAGUGACCUGACAGACUCUUUCUCUUUCUCUCUCUGUGCUCCACUGCUUUUCAUCCCCCUGUCUUCUUCUUCUUCUUCUUCUUCUUCAUCAUCCCCUCCUCUACCUCUCCCCCCCCACCCCCUUUUUUGCCAAUUACACCAUGAACCUGCCUGCUGCUUGUUGCUAAGGGGGAGCCAGCUGGGGGAGCAGAGUGGACCGGCCGUUAUUUUUUAUUUUAUUUUUUGUGUGUGUGUUUCUAAGGACUGACCGACAAUGGCAGAGGGCUCCAGAGACCAGGGAGGCGUGGGCACCACUGAUCCUGAGGAGGACUCCCCCAAUAUGAUCGUCUACAGAAAGAUUGAAGACAUUGUUACACGAAUACAAGAUGAGAAAGCGGGAGGCGUGGCCAUCCGGACCGUCAAAAGCUUCCUCUCCAAGAUCCCCAGUGUGGUAUCAGGGGCAGAUAUUGUUCAGUGGCUGAUGAAAAACCUCUCCGUUGAGGACCCAGCUGAAGCCAUCCACCUUGGGAGUCUGGUCGCUGCACACGGCUACAUAUUCCCCAUCUCUGACCACGUCCUGACUCUGAAAGACGACGGCACCCUUUAUCGCUUUCAGUCUCCAUACUUCUGGCCUUCAAACUGUUGGGAGCCUGAGAAUACAGACUAUGCCAUUUACCUGUGCAAGCGCACCAUGCAGAAUAAAGCUCGCCUUGAACUGGCUGAUUAUGAGGCCGAGAACCUCGCCCGGCUGCAGAGAGCCUUCGCCCGGAAGUGGGAAUUCAUCUUUAUGCAAGCUGAGGCUCAAGUGAAAAUAGACAGAAAGAAGGACAAGGCGGAGAGGAAGAUCCUGGACAGCCAGGAGAGGGCCUUCUGGGAUGUCCAUCGGCCAGUGCCGGGCUGUGUCAACACCACGGAGAUGGACAUACGCAAGUGCAGAAGAGAGAGGAACCCACACAGGGUGAAAAAGUCGGUGUACGGAGUACCGGAUGACGGCCAGAGUCAGCCGAGCCCCAUCCACAGCAGCUCUCAGCCCAGGAAGCCGACCAAAGAGGACGUACAGAAGGAGAUUACCUUCUUGAACAUCCAGCUGGACAGACACUGUAUGAAGGUCUCCAAAGUAGCCGACAGUCUCAUGAGCUACACAGAGCAGUUUAUGGAGUACGACCCUUUUGUGUCGGCCACAGAGCCAUCCAACCCCUGGAUAGGUGACGACACGUCCUUCUGGGACUUAGAGGCAAGUCGUGAGCCCAGUCAGCAGCGUGUGAAGAGAUGGGGCUUCUCUCUGGACGAGGCAUUGAAGGACCCUGUGGGACGUGACCAGUUCCUGAAGUUCCUGGAGUCAGAGUUCAGCUCAGAGAACCUGAGGUUCUGGUUGGCAGUGCAGGAUCUGAAGCGACGGCCACUCCAGGACGUGUCCGCCAGGGCGCAGGAGAUCUGGCAGGAGUUUCUGGCCGAGGGAGCACCAAGCUCCAUCAACCUGGACUCUCACAGCUACGAGCGCACCAGCCAGAACCUUAAAGACCCGGGAAGAUACAGCUACGAGGACGCGCAGGAGCACAUAUUCCAACUAAUGAAAAGUGACAGCUAUGCACGCUUUUUGCGAUCCAACAUCUACCAGGACCUCCUGUUUGCCAGAAAGAAGCAGCCAGCAGACACUGAGCAGGGCCGACGCACCUCCUUGGAGAAGUUCACCCGCAGUGUGGGCAAGUCUUUGACGGGAAAGCGCCUGACGGGCCUGAUGCAGUCGUCCUGACACAGCCUGUGCCGGAGAAGCUCAGCCAGACCCUGUCGGAAGGGUGACCGCCACAGAGCGGCGGAGGCAGAGCCACAGACAGUGAAGCUGGGCUGGACACAGCCGCUGCGGUGGCGGCUCUCAGACACUGUGCUCCGAGGACUGCUGCCACACGGGCACCGCAGCUUUGGGCCUCGCUGGCGUCAACGACCCGAACAGAUCCACUGAGGAAAGGACAAUGCUCUCAAGCGGGGACCUCGACAAAUGCAACACAUGGCAUGCAGAAUAACAGUAUAAGCACAUCCAGAGUAGGGCUGCCCUCAUUUCACCACUUAGUCGCCGGGCUUUUUGUCAACUAAACUGGUUUUAAGUUAAAUUAUUGACAUUUAAAGCAACAUUAUUCUCUCAUUUCGAAAAAAACAACCAAAAACUGUUUUAAUUGAUCAACAGUUGGGGCCCAGAGUCCUAACUCAGAUAUUCCUGCAACAUCAACAGACAUGAAUCUAUUUUAAAUAUUUCUCUGUACUCACAAGACAGUUAGCAAUAAAUAAAGCAUGAGACCACUUUUUCUUUUUUUUUUAAAGAAAUAUAAAUAUAUAUAUCCAACCUCUUUUUAAUAACGUUGAAAUUUAUAUCAGUUUCUUAUAAAGCUCACGAUAUUAUGUGACCAUGCCUGUGUUUUUUUUUUUUUCAUUUGAAUUUUACGUCCCAUAUUUACAUCUACAAAAGUGACUUUGUUUGAAGUGAUAAUGUUCCAUGCUUCAUUACAUUCCAAAAAUCUGGCGUAAAAAAAGGGCUUAAUGUAGCAUCCGCGCAGCACGGUCGCAUGUUUCUUCACAAAUAGACAAAUAGUUAUGAACACACACUCCUUUAACAACUUCCAGACAUCACACACAGUCAAAUGUCCCCCUCUCUCUGUGUGU